AGACAGACGGCUGGAAGGCUUUCUGCUCACAGACACCACGGACGGCUGGAAGGCUUUCUGCUCACAGACACCACGGAAGGAUGAGAUGCGCUCACCUGAGCAGGUGGUUGGCGGUCGGGCUGCUGCUGUGCGCCGUGUGGAGAGCUUCCAUCGUCCAGGGCGCGCGAGAUUUCAAGAAAAAAGUGUCCAUGCUUCUGAGAGAGGAGCCGCAAAACCCCAAGUGCUUCGCUGAAGGCCGGAAGGACUUCACCUGCUUCUGGGAGGAAGACGAGGAGCGGGCCGGCUCCGUGGACCAGUACUCGUUCACGUACACCUACCAGAAUGAAAACAGCAGCAUGUGUCCGCUGACGGCACUUCCUGCCGCCGGCGGGAAGACGCUGUUCGUCUGCCGUCUGAACCGGGCGCAGAUGUUUGUCCAGAUGGACAUAAAAGUUCAUCGAUUGGGAAAACUGAUCCACAACCGCAGCCUUCUCAUCGAGCUUGCCUUUCUUCUGGACCCCCCGGCUAACGUGACGGUGAGCCGUACGGGUCAGCGAGACCAGCUGAACGUCAGCUGGGUGCCCCCCCCCCUCAAGUACAUGGACGACAGCAUGAUGUACGAAGUCAGCUACACGACGGACGACGACAGCCUCGCGGGGCAGGUGGAGGUGGUCCAAGCCAGCUCCGAGCUGAUCCUGAGAGGUCUGCAGCCGGACAGGAAGUACCGGGUGCGAGUCCGAGUGAAGCUGGACGGGAUCAGCUACAACGGCUACUGGAGUGCCUGGAGUGACCCGGUAACCAUGGAAACACCGCCUGCAGAGCUCGACACCCUCAUCAUGUUCCUGACUCUCAUCAUCUCCUUCUUCCUCAUCUUGCUCUCUCUCAGCAUGCUGUUGUCCCACCGCAGGUCAGUUAACCCGAACUUAACGCCUUGUUGUGUCUCUGUACAGGAGUGGUUAGGACAGGCCAACGGAGGCGCGUGGUUGACUCCAGCUUUCUUCUACUCGGAGGAACGCCCUUCUCCUCUGGAGGUCCUGUCCGAGAUCAGCCCUUGCCCCCCUCUGCCCCCCAAAACCCCCAGAUCUCUGACGACCGGCAGACCCGAGGACAAGGACACGAAGACGGCGUCGGACGACCGAGAGACGUUUGAGAGUGGCGAUUCCGCUCUGACGGAGCAAUGGAGCGCCGCACCACACGACUCCUGGCUGAUGGACCGCUUACGGGCCCUGCAGCAGAACCCCGCGCCCUGCUCCCAGUCCUCUCUGCUGGAGUCUCAAGACGCCUACGUCACUCUCAGCGCCAACAACCACAGCGGAGACCAGCACCUGGAUGACGUUCUCGAGGAAACCUUACCCCUUCAGGCGCUCUUUGCCUCCAGAAAACCAGCGCUGUGUGAAUCUCACUCGGACCUAGGGUCCGUGCAGCAGAGCAGCGGGUCGGGUCGCCUUUCCUCUCAGUCCAGCUUUGAGUACCCGGGCCAGGUCUGGAUGCCCAAAGGCCCGGGGUACACCUACAUGGCGGUGGCAGACUCGGGGGUCUCUAUGGAUUACAGCCCCAUGAGCAGAGCGGGCGACUUUGGGAAACUGAUAAUCUACGCCAAUGAGUACAAGAAUGAGAUCCCUGAUCCCAGAAGAGCCUUCUCGGCGAGGCAGGUCCACGACGUCUGAGACGGACCAAAGCCGGACGAGCUCAGCGCAUUCUCAU